UCUGGUUCCCAGGGUCAGACACCGGAAGUGGCGGUCCCGGCCCACGGCUUCUUCGGGAAGGCAAAUUCCCGCCGCUCCCCGGCGGCAGUCCGCGAGCCCUCAGAAGUCUGGGAACAUGGAGGCCGCGCGCCCUCCCCCGGCGGCGGGGAAGUUCGUCGUGGUGGGCGGUGGCAUCGCGGGCGUCUCUUGUGCGGAGCAGUUGGCAAUUCACUUUCCAUCAGAAGAGAUUCUCCUGUUAACAGCUUCUCCUGUUAUUAAAGCAGUUACCAAUUUCAAGCAGAUUUCUAAAGUAUUGGAAGAGUUUGAUGUUGAAGAACAACCAAGUACCAUGUUAGAAAACCGCUUUCCCAACAUUAAAGUUAUAGAAUGUGGAGUAAAGCAACUGAAGAGUGAAGAACAUUGCAUUUUAACAGAAGAUGGCAGUCAGCACAUAUAUAAGAAACUCUGUCUGUGUGCUGGAGCUAAACCAAAGUUGAUAUGUGAAGGAAAUCCUUAUGUAUUAGGAAUUCGUGAUACAGAUAGUGCGCAGGAAUUUCAGAAACAGCUUACGAAUGCUAAAAGAAUAAUGAUCAUAGGGAAUGGUGGUAUCGCACUUGAAUUAGCGUAUGAAGUCGAAGGUUGUGAAGUAAUUUGGGCCAUUAAAGAUAAGGCUAUUGGGAAUACUUUCUUCGAUGCAGGAGCAGCUGAAUUCUUGACCUCAAAGCUCAUUGCUGAAAAACCAGAGGCUAAAAUUGCACAUAAAAGAACCAGAUAUACAACUAAAGGAAAGAAAAAGGAAGCAGGAACCAACAUUAAUGCUGGUAAUGUAGGCAGUGCCUUAGGACCUGAUUGGCAUGAAGGCUUAAAUCUUAAAGGAACAAGAGAGUUUUCUCAUAAGAUUCACAUUGAAACUAUGUGUGAAGUAAAGAAUAUCUAUCUUCAGAAGGAAUUUAGAAUCUCUAAGAAAAAGUCCUUGACAUUUCCAAGAGACCAUCAAAAUGAGUUAGUUACAACUGAUAAAGAGAUAUGGCCUGUGUAUGUGGAGCUGACCAACGAAAAGAUAUAUGGCUGUGAUUUCAUUGUCAGUGCUACAGGAGUUACACCAAAUAUAGAACCUUUUCUCUGUGGCAACAAUUUUGAUCUAGGAGAAGACGGUGGCCUGAGAGUGGAUGAUCAUAUGCACACAUCCCUUCCUGAUAUCUAUGCUGCAGGUGACAUCUGUACUGCUUCCUGGCAACCCAGCCCAUUCUGGCAGCAGAUGAGGCUGUGGACCCAGGCUAGACAGAUGGGAUGGUACGCAGCGAAGUGCAUGGCUGCAGCUAGUUUAGGAGAGUCCAUCGACAUGGAUUUCAGCUUCGAACUUUUUGCUCAUGUAACAAAGUUUUUUAACUAUAAGGUUGUAUUGCUGGGAAAAUACAAUGCACAGAGCUUGGGUUCAGAUCAUGAAUUAAUGCUGAGAUGUACCAAAGGACAAGAAUACAUCAAAGUCGUCAUGCAGAAUGGACGAAUGAUGGGAGCUGUCUUAAUUGGUGAAACCAAUUUAGAAGAAACAUUUGAAAACUUGAUAUUAAACCAGAUGAAUCUUUCAUCAUAUGGAGAAGAUCUACUAGAUCCAAACAUUGAUAUAGAAGAUUAUUUUGACUAAAAAGAGCACUUCAAGAACCACAUAGUUUCAAAUAAGACAGAAUGUCAAGUCAAUGAUGUGAAGGACUGCACUGAUUUAACGGUGACCACACUGAAGUUAAAAACACACAGGUGAUAAUGAUUUUAGUGGAAAAGUAUUUAAAAAUAAAAUUCUAAAGAUGAAGUCA